GUUUGGUCAUACGUAUCCAUUAAUUAUUUGUAUCGAUCGAUAUAGAGCUAGCUAUGGAUAGAAUAGGUGACUUGGCAUCAAAGAAGGCAGCAGUAAUAUUCACAAAGAGUUCAUGUUUUAUGUGUCAUAGUAUUAAAGCACUAUUUUAUGAUAUUGGAGCAAGUCCAGCAAUUCAUGAACUUGAUGAAGAUCCAAAAGGGAAAGAAAUGGAGUGGGCAUUGAGAAGUUUAGGUUGUAAUCCAUGUGUUCCUGCUGUUUUUAUUGGUGGAAAAUAUGUUGGAUCAUCUAAGGAUAUUAUAUCCUUACAAGUUGAUGGUUCACUCAAACAAAUGCUCAUUGAUGCCAAAGCUAUUUGGUUAUAACUAAAAAAAAA